AUGGCGAAUGAAGUGAAGGAAUUGCCUGAAAAAUUUAUAGGAAGUUUUAAGCUCAGUCGCAGUAUAAAUUGGCUUUUGAGGAAAAUGAUUUCGUUUGCAUCUGUUACUAAAGUGUUCAGCCAUUCCGAUGAGACCAAAGGUGCCUACAAUUUAUGCAAUCUUUCAUCGAAGAAAGACGCGAUUUACAAGAACUGGAAACUAGAAGAAGAGUUUCAGGCUGAGGGUCUUGAUGGUAAAAUGCACAAAAUCAAGUUUGAUUUCGACCCAGCAACAGAAAGUUUAAAAGAGACGCAUAUCCGAAUAGAUGAUCCAAAUGAUCAUGGGGAAACUUACACUUACACUGUUGACGGCGAUACUUUAGCGUUGAGUAUGGCAAAUGGAAAAAUAUCCUGCAAGCGGUACUUUAUUCGAGAAUAA